UGGCAUCUCUGAACAUUGUUAUUGUUUAGAUGCGUGAAUUAGUGAAAACGAUAAAAAGGAUAAAAGACAUUCGUUAAUAAUAUGUUUAGUAAACUUUUAGUCUGGUGAUAAUAUAGGUGUACAAAAGAUGUCGAAAAAAGGACGCAAAAUACGCCAGUACAGCAAGGAGGAUCUCCGACAAGCCAUAGAUGCAAUAGAUAGAAGUAACAUGAGUCUGUAUAGGGCUGCACGACAGUUUAAAGUUCCUCGGUCAACCUUGUCAGCUUACAAUGAAGAUCGCAAUCGGACCGGUAAAAUUGGCCCAACCUUAAUGUUUACAGCAGCAGAAGAACAACUAAUGGUCGCGUGGUUAAUGGAUGUAAACCAAAAGGGCCUGGUAGUACGUAGACCGGACUUGCUGGAAGCAGCACAAUGGCUUUUAGAGACUUAUCCAAGAGCAAAAAGAUGUUGCUCGAACCCACCACGUGAUAGUUGGUGUAAAUCAUUUGAGAAACGCCACCCGCAUGUUUCAUUACAUCUUAAAACAGAAGCUGAAACGUGUCCCCAGCUCUCGUUGUCACAGUGCUAUGAACAGGUGUUUCAGCAGUUAGACAGUUUGGCUGUGUUUGCAGAACCUUCACGUAUUUUUAAAUACAACGAGAUCAAAUUCGGAUUAGGAACCCACCUGUUGAGGUUUUUUGAAGUGGACGGAAAAGGAGAAAAUCGUCCAGAUUUGAUUACAACUGGUUUGAUAACUUCAGCUAGUGGUCAAUUAACCUUUCCUAUGAUUGUAUUCUCCUAUAAAGAAACAAUAUCGCUAGAUCUAGCUUCAACCGUACCGUUAUUCUAUGGAAGUGGAAAUAGUUCAACGGGAAUGAUGUCCAAGCAGACAUUUUGUUAUUUUGUAACUCGAAUAUUCUACAAAUUUUUAGUACUGAACAAAGUUCCCUUUCCGGUUGUGCUAUUUAUAGACGGUACUAAGCCAAAUAUAUCACUAGAACUUUGGGAAGCAUGCCAAAAACUAGAAAUUAGUCUUGUUUCAUAUAAUCCACACGACAGUUUGAACAACAAAAAGCACACUCCUGUUGUAACGUCACUAACAAAGCAUGUGAAAGAUAAACUCAACGAGGCACUUUUGCAAUGGAAGGAAGUAAAUCCCGACUAUAUGAUAACAGAAACAAAUUUUGGGGAGUUGCUCCAACCAGUUGUGCGAUAUGACAUUAAUCAGCAGAUGAUUGUUAAAGACUGGUCAGAGUUUCUUUUUUACCAGUGGAUUCUAGAACGUAGAAAUCGUAUAGAGGAGAUUGAAUUUGUGAGUGCUGAUCGAGAAUUAAUUACCGAUUAGCUAGUUUAAAUGAAUAAAGAAUGUUCGUGUGGACAGCAAGCGAUAAUUGAAGAUAUGCAAAAACGUUUGGAAUCGUUUACUAAUACUAAUCAACGUCUUCGAGAAAAAUACAAGAAUGCGCUGAAAAGGUGCAUGAACUUGUCGGAUGCUCUUAGCAGCAAGUUGCUUAACCCAACAAACAAAUCAGUUUUUACCGAAGUUCCAGGAUUUGUUGGACGUGAUCAGUUGGAGAAAUCCUCUACCGCUGGACUACGU